AUGCGUGACUUUUACUGUCUACCAUGCACUCAGUUCCUCCUCGGAUCACUUUCGCUACAUUUCGGGGAUGAAGACUCAGCGCGUUCCGGGUGUGCCCACGUGUCACGUGUAGAUGUUACCCAGUGUGUAGAGACGCCAAUCCUACCAUGGUUGCCUACUUGUCGUGUUCCGCUUCUGUUUUAUUUUCCUCUCCGGGCUAUCUGGGCACUGAUUCCAUCACCCAUCGUCUACUCAAUCGCGCACGGCAUCGACAACACUACACCCCGAUCCCAAACCCUACAUCUCCUCCCAACUAUUCCCAUGCUAUCUCACCAAUACGCCCUUCAGCUGGCCCUUGGGCGGGUCGAAACGAUCGACGACUCUGCUCUUGUCGGAAUUCAAGAUGCACCUGAAGGAUCGAAGAAGGAGAUCUUUGACGAGGCAUCAAAGGGAAUUCUUGCAAGAGUUAUUGUCGUGCUAGACGCCUUGGAACUGAGAUGGGCGGGCAGGUGGGAGGGGGAGGUGUGCGAGACGACGAGGAUGGAUCUUGAGAGGCUACUUUGA